AUCGGCAGUUAGCACGCGAAGAAAGAAACAAAACAAAACUCGCGGUUUUGUGUUUUUGAGGCUUUAAAAUCUGAAAUUUCCACUUAAUUUGGAUUCGGCAAAACCAGCUCACAACACAGACCACGGCUUGCAAAUUAAUUCUUCCAGCAGACAAAUUUUGAUCGUCCUUGGGGUACCAUGGCUUUCAGUUUUACAUCUAAUCAAAAUAACCCUAGCAGUUUUGGUGGAUUUGGAAACCCUGCUACUUCAACUCCUGGAUUUGGUGGAUUUGGCGCAACAACAUCCACCUUCGGUACAAGUGGCGGAACAACCUUUGGGGCAACUCCAGCCACUAGCACGUUUGGCACUGCUACCAACACUGGGGGGCUCUUUGGUGCAACUCAACAGAGCCAAAAUCCAGCCUUUGGGGCAACUGCUCCACCUGCUUUUGGGGCCACGUCUACCUCAAACACAACAAUAUUUGGCUCUACACCUCAAACUUUUGGGCAAGCAAACACAGGAACAACUGCUUUCGGAGGCACUGGUGCUUUUGGUGCACCCACAAGUACCUCCUUUGGAGGAUUUGGCUCGUUUGGAACCACACCAGCCUCUUCAGCAGGCGGAACUCUCUUUAGCAACACAGGCGGUGGUCUCUUUGGCGGAACGAGCACUUCUGGAACUUCAGGCGGCUUUACAAGCUUUGGUGGUACAAGUGCAGCGGGCACAUUAUUUGGAGGCAACACAUCCACCCCAAGCUUGAACCUUGGUGGCUUUGGUACUAAAACUACAAGUUCUUUUGGAGCUUACGGAGGAUUUUCUGCUCCUACACAGUCCUUUGGAAUAGGCCAGCCUUCAGGAGGUUUAUUUGCCAGUCAAGCACCUCAACAGCAGCAGCAGCCUCAAGAGGAUCCCCUUGUUGUGUCUGUGAACAAUGUCAUUAUUUUCAAUGAUGAGCGAGAUGCUGUUCUCAAGAGGUGGAACGGUGUCCUGGCCCAGUGGGGCACUGGAAAAGGCUAUUACCACAGUCAAGCACAGCCAGUAACUUACACACCUCAAAACAUCUACAGUAAAUUCAAAGCUCUGGGCUACAAUCUUUUACCAGGAGGGAAAGAUGAAGACGGCAUUGUUUCAGUUACUGUUGGCAAAAAGGAACCUGAAGUUCGAGCUCAACAGCAGCAAAUUCAGAUCACCCUUCAAAAUCUUUUAGUUGGACGACAGAUGACGGUCGCUUUACAAGAAGUGCGGGGAAGUACCAACGACACGACACAAGUGCUGGUCACCGUCACUGAAAAAAGCCAAACUGGACAAACCAGAAAGAUUCCUGCUACUGAGUUUGCCAACUUCCUGAACAAUUCAAAAGCUCAACUUGGCUCUAUUGGAGUCACUAAUGUGGCAGCAGUUGUUGCCCCAUCCCAGGAGGAAAUUAACAGUUACUUAGCCAACCCACCAAUUGGAAUCGAGCCAAGAUUGUGGAACCAGGCAAUAUCUGACAACCCUGACCCCAAGAGGUAUGUGCCAGUGCCCAUGAUUGGCUUUGCUGAACUUCGCAGUCGAAUGAAUUGCCAAGAGGCCGAGAGCGCCCGACACGUUGCUUUCUUGGCCCAGGCCAAAGAUCGUCUCCAGGAAAUGCAAAGGCAAGCAUCCGAGGCUAGGGAGAAACUCGAGCAGCGCACCCUGAGUCUACGGAGUUUGCAGCAGCGGCUGAUGAAGGCUCUUAUCAAGCUGCAGGUGUACCGCCGUGAGGGAACAGCCCUGUUGCCUAUCGAGGAGGAACUCCGAGCUCGUCUUGAGCAAAUCAACAAUGCUGUCUCUCAACCAAACCAUUGCAAAGUGCGUCUAAGCGAGCUGAUGUCACAGACUGAGCUCAAGAGCUUCAUGGGAAGCAAUUCCGAUUAUUCAGGAAAAUAUCAACUUGAUGGCGACAGCCUACAAGAACUCCACAAGUAUUUGAAAAUGGAGCAACAGGGAAUCAGCCACCUUAUCGAUAUUGCCACAAGUGAUGCGGAAAAUGUUCAAUUCCUGCAGCAGGACAUGAGCCAGGUAAGUCAGGCUGCUAACGACAAUAGCAUCUCAUUGCGACGGUCUCAGCCAAACGCAAGCCUGAGCGCCUUGAACUACCCAAAGUGAAACUAAAUUCCUGUCUUGACAGACUUGUUUAUGGUUAAUUAAAAUAAAUAAUUUAAUAUUUGAUAAAUUCUCACAAAAAAACAAGCAGUGAAUAAAUUUUUCUUGUGAUUUUUUUUUGUUACUCUGAAACAAACAGCUACUUGUAGCCUAUUUUCACCCUUGCGUAUUCAGGAGGUAACUUAAAAAAAUCGUUCUUCACAUAAUAAAAAAAUAUAUACAUAUUUUAAUUCUUUAAA